UGGCUUUGUUGGGCUGGUUGUUCAUAUUUCUACUUCUACCAGAAACAAAAGGGAAGACACUGGAACAGGUCGAGGGUCUAUUUAAAGGACCGCCCUGCCCUCCUCCUGGAUUAAGAUCAAGAAAAAUUUAUGUAGGGUAGAUUUAAUGAUGCACUAUUAUUUUAAACCUAAAAUUUACAAUUUAACUUAGACUAAUUGAAUCGAAUCAUGACUUGCAUGCCAUGCCCAUUUGGGUGGAGAUAAAAGUAAAAAGAAAAAGCACUAGCUAAAAACAUGAACGAUGUUAAGUGGGUAAAAGGCUCCACUGAAACUGCUGAAUACCCUGAUGAAGAUAAAGUGUUACUGCUAUCUUCUGGGGAGAGAGAUGGAACAGAAGAGGAGGAUGGAGUAGAGCAGACACUCACAGACAACAAGGAAAGUCAACCAAUCACUAAAUUGACCACUUCCCUAGCCACAGUUACUAUCUUCUCCAUUAUUGGUGGUUUCGUUUUUGGCUACGACACUAGUGUUAUUUCUGGUGCUCUCCUGAUACUGGAUAAGGACUAUGACUACACAUUAACUUCCCUGCAGAAGGAGCUUGUGGUGAGUGUAACAAUAGGAGCUGCAGCACUUGGUGCAGUACUAGGUGGACCAAGUAAUGAAAUAUUGGGUAGAAGACCAACCAUUAUGAUUGCAUCCUUCUUAUUCACUAUUGGUGCUAUAUUAAUGGCUGCCGCUCCUAUUAGUGCAUGGGGCUGGAUCAUAAUAUUAAUUGGAAGAUUCAUAGUUGGCAUUGGAAUAGGUCUGACUAGCAUGACGGUUCCCAUGUAUCUAGCUGAAUGCUCCCCUUCCAGUUAUAGGGGGAAAAUCACUGUGCUUAGCAAUGCAGCUGUCACUGGUGGACAGUUUGUGGCCGGCUUGAUUGACUUUGGAUUCAGCUAUGUCAAUCAAGGAUGGAGAUACAUGCUGGGAAUCACUGCAGUUCCUUCACUUAUGAAUCUUAUUGCCUUCAUAUUUUUACCAGAGAGUCCAAGAUGGCUGGUAGGAAAGGGAAAAAAAGAGAAAGCAAGGCUUGUACUUGCAAAAUUGAGGGGAGGAAAAACAGUUGAUCAAGGGUCCAUUGCUUAUGAGCUUCAGGAGAUCACAAAUAACCUCCAAGAGGCAGCUAAAGAGAACAACCAAAACAUAUUCCUUAAGGUGUGGACUAUGUUAAGGCAUCGUCACCUACUAAUGGCUCUAAUAGUCGGCUGUGGAUUGCAAGCUAUUCAGCAACUCUCUGGAAUUAAUACAGUAAAUUUAGCAGUACAUUUUAUUAGCUGGUGUGGUUUGGUUUUCUAUUUUGCUCAUACAACCACUCAACCUUCUUGUCCAACUAACACCUGUUCCCUCAGCAGUUGUGAUGACUGUGUUAUUCAGGACAAUUGCUUCUAUUGUCUAUUUCCCUACAAUGCCACAUAUGGCCAGGAAGAAUCAAAUGGAUUUUGUGUUAAUCGUGAAUGGACAACCAAUUCAGGCAAGUGCUGGAUACCUGACUCUAUUGUCUUACAUCAAGACAAUGAAACUUGUGAUAGUUCUUUCCUAACCUUUGGACAGUUUCCCCCAAAUGAUAUAGCACAAUAUGGUACUGUACAUUCAAGUUGUCCAAACACAUUCUCUUGGCUUGCAAUGAUAGCAUUAGUCAUGUAUAUAGUAUCAUUUGCUCCUGGUAUGGGGCCAGUACCAUGGACUGUUAAUGCUGAGAUAUAUCCUAAUUGGGCACGUAGCAUUGGGAAUUCUUUAUCUUCAACAACAAAUUGGACGUCUAAUUUACUGGUCUCCAUUACAUUCCUCCACUUAACACAAUACUUAACUCGUUAUGGAGCAUUUAGCCUGUACGUCUGUCUGGCUUUGUUGGGCUGGUUGUUCAUAUUUCUACUUCUACCAGAAACAAAAGGGAAGACACUGGAACAGGUCGAGGGUCUAUUUAAAGGACCGCCCUGCCCUCCUCCUGGAUUAAGAUCAAGAAAAACUUCAUACAACAAACUCAACGCUGAAUAAUGAGAGAGUGCAUGUUUGAAAUAAAUAAGAGUGAAUAAUAAUAUUUAUUAUUCUUGUGUACAUUUUAAAACUAAAAUUUUAUGAAAAUGUAGAAUUUAAAA